AGGUAGCUAGGUAGUUGAAUAGAUACACAAGGAUUAAAGAGAUGCAAUCUGAUCGGCCGUGGUAAAUAAACGCCGCCGACGUAACAGAGCGGUAGCCAGCCAACACGCAGAGGACAGAUUAAAAAGGUUUUCACCGGGAUUAAUCGAUGACGAAUCCGGAGGGGAGCCAUCCACACUUGGUCAGGCGGCCGUCGCGAAGCGCUGCCAUGACAACAUUCUCCACCGAGGUCUUCGACAACUCAGUCGUCCCUUCCUCCUUGGAGUCUAUCAAGCCGAUUCUUCGUGUAGCCAAUGAGAUCCAAAAUGAGCGUCCUCGUGUUGCCUAUCUCUGUCGGUUUUACGCAUUUGAGAAGGCUCAUCGGCUGGAUCCCAGCUCCAGUGGACGUGGUGUAAGGCAGUUCAAAACAGCCUUACUGCAAAGAGUCGAAAGGGAAAACGCAUCCAGUAUCGCCUCCCGGGUUAAAAAAACGGAUGCGCGGGAAAUCCAGAGCUUCUAUUACCAGUAUUAUAAACAAUAUGUUGAAGCACUUGAGCAGGGCGAGCAAGCAGACAGAGCUCAACUUGGCAAGGCCUAUCAGACAGCAGGAGUUCUUUUUGAAGUACUUUGCGCCGUUAAUAAGACUGAGAAGGUUGAAGAGGUUGCUCCUGAGAUUAUUGCGGCGGCUAGAGAUAUCCAAGAAAAGAAGGAAAUCUAUGCACCAUACAAUAUUCUUCCACUGGAUUCUGCCGGUGCUUCCCAGUCAAUUAUGCAACUCGAGGAGGUCAAGGCUGCAGUUGCAGCACUAUGGAAUACCCGAGGGUUGUCAUGGCCAUCAGCUUUUGAACAGCACAGGCAGAAAGCAGGGGAUCUGGACCUUCUUGAUUGGUUAAGGGCCAUGUUUGGCUUCCAGAGAGACAGUGUUCGGAACCAGAGGGAGCAUCUGAUAUUGCUACUUGCCAACAACCAUAUAAGGCUCCACCCCAAGCCUGAACCUCUUAAUAAGGCAUGUGCUGACAGUUGUUGUUUAGUUAUCAUCCUCUUCUUAUAUCUUGAUGAAAGAGCUGUAGAUGCAGUAAUGAAUAAGAUUUUUAAGAACUACAAAAAUUGGUGCAAAUUUUUAGGAAAAAAACACAGUUUACGACUUCCUCAAAGCCAGCCGGAGAUCCAGCAAAGAAAAAUACUUUACAUGGGUUUGUACCUUCUUAUCUGGGGUGAAGCAGCCAACGUCCGGUUCAUGCCAGAGUGUCUUUGCUACAUCUUUCACAAUAUGGCCUAUGAACUCCAUGGCUUAUUAGCUGGAAAUGUGAGCAUUGUAACUGGAGAAAAUAUCAAGCCUUCUUAUGGCGGAGAUGAUGAGGCAUUUCUUAGAAAAGUUAUAACACCAAUCUACCGAGUAAUAGCAAAGGAAGCAAGUAAGAGUCAAAAUGGUACAGCUUCUAGUACAGCAUGGUGCAACUAUGAUGAUCUUAAUGAAUAUUUCUGGUCAUCUGAUUGCUUCUCUCUUGGUUGGCCUAUGCGUGAUGAUGGUGCAUUCUUUAAAUCAACACGCGAUGAAGCUAAGGGAAAAAAGGCGCCUCCAGGAAACUCUGGAAGCACGGGAAAAUCAUAUUUUGUUGAAACUCGAACCUUUUGGCACAUAUUUCGAAGCUUUGACAGAUUGUGGACGUUUUAUGUGCUAGCCUUUCAGUUGAUGAUCAUCUAUGCCUGGAGUGGAGUAGCAAUACAAAAUAUACUCAGGAGGGAUGUUUUAUAUUACCUAUCGAGUAUUUUCAUCACAGCGGCCUUUCUUCGGUUCCUUCAGAGUAUUCUUGACAUUGUUCUCAACUUCCCUGGAUAUCAUAGAUGGAAAUUUACGGAUGUUCUGAGGAACAUUCUUAAGAUCAUUGUUAGUUUUGCAUGGGCUGUCAUUCUUCCACUCUGUUAUUCGGGAAACCUCAAGCAAGUGAGUGGUUUCACAAGGGGAAUGGAUUUCCUCCGCACAGUGAAGAGUAUUCCUCCGGUAUACUUGUUUGCCGUAGUUGUAUACAUGGUUCCAAAUAUCUUGGCGGCUUCUUUGUUCAUCUUCCCCAUGCUUAGAAGAUGGAUUGAGAACUCAGACUGGCUCAUUAUCAGAUUCCUGUUGUGGUGGUCACAGCCAAGGAUUUAUGUCGGAAGGGGAAUGCAUGAAAGUCAAUUUUCACUUAUAAAGUAUACUAUUUUUUGGCUGUUGCUUUUGGGUUCCAAGUUCACGUUCAGCUACUUUAUCCAGAUAAAGCCUCUAGUAAAACCAACAAAAGACAUCAUGAACAUUCGACAUGUAGAGUAUACUUGGCAUGAGAUUUUCCCUUAUGCUCGCCACAACUACGGCGCGGUUUUGUCACUCUGGGCACCAACAAUCUUGAUACGAACUCUGGGGAUGCUGAGGUCACGGUUUCAGUCAUUGCCAGGUGCAUUCAAUGCAUAUCUGGUGCCUUCGGACAAGGCACAGAAAAAAGGAUUUUCUCUGUCGAAGAGAUUUGCUGAGGUUUCAGCCAAUAGGAGAAGUGAAGCUGCCAAAUUCGCCCAGUUGUGGAAUGAAGUGAUAACCAGUUUCCGUGAAGAAGAUCUUAUCAGUGACAGGAAAGGCUGUACAAGCAAGAUAAAUAAUAUCCCUAUAGCUCUGAAUAUGGCAGCACACUUCCGAUCAAAGGAUGCUGACUUAUGGAAACGUAUAUGUGCAGACGAGUACAUGAAAUGUGCUGUUAUUGAGUGCUAUGAAUCCUUCAAACAAGUCCUCAAUAUUUUGGUCGUUGGGGAAAAUGAAAAGAGGAUAAUUGGCAUCAUCAUCAAAGAAAUAGAGAGUCAUGUUUCAAAGAGUACACUUCUUGCAAACUUCAGAAUGGCCUCGUUACCAGCUCUUUGUGAAAAAGUUGUAGUACUUGUGGGAAUCCUGAAAGAUGGUGAUCCUUCCAAGAGAGAUGAUGUGGUGCUGUUGCUUCAAGACAUGUUGGAAUUGGUCACCCGGGAUCUGAUGGUGAACGAGAAUCGUGAAUUAGUAGACCUCGGACAUAGUGGCAAGGAUUCGGGAAGGCAACUUUUUGCUGGUACAGAUCAGAGACCCGCUGUAGUGUUUCCUCCCCCAGCUUCUGCCCAGUGGGAUGAACAGAUAAGACGGUUGCAUCUUCUUUUGACGGUAAAAGAAUCUGCCAUGGAUGUACCAACUAAUCUUGAAGCACGCAGGAGGAUUGCAUUUUUCACGAACUCCUUGUUCAUGGAUAUGCCACGUGCUCCACGAGUUCGCAAAAUGCUUUCAUUUAGUGUUAUGACCCCAUACUAUAGUGAGGAAACUGUCUACUCUAAAUCUGACCUUGAAAUGGAAAAUGAAGAUGGUGUGUCCAUUAUAUACUAUUUGCAAAAAAUCUAUCCAGACGAAUGGACAAACUUCAUGGAGCGAAUUAAUUGUAAGAAAGAGAGUCAAGUUUGGGAAAAUGAAGAAAAUAUCUUGCAGAUCCGCCAUUGGGCCUCCUUAAGGGGCCAAACACUCUGUCGCACAGUCAGAGGAAUGAUGUAUUAUAGAAGAGCUCUGAAACUUCAGGCUUUCCUUGACAUGGCUAAUGAGAGUGAGAUAUUAGCUGGCUAUAAAGCUAUUACAAACCCAUCUGAGGAAGACAAGAAAAGUCAACGAUCUCUCUCUGCUCAGUUGGAGGCAGUAGCUGACAUGAAAUUCACAUAUGUGGCCACUUGCCAGAUUUAUGGAAAUCAGAAGCGAAAAGGAGAUCGCCAUGCAACAAACAUCCUGAAUUUGAUGGUUAACAAUCCUUCUCUCCGUGUUGCAUAUAUCGAUGAAAUAGAAGAGCAAGAUUCUGGAAAAUCACAAAAAGUUUAUUACUCAGUGCUGGUCAAAGCUUUUGAUAAUCUUGAUCAGGAAAUUUAUCGUAUCAAACUGCCGGGUUCAGCAAAACUAGGUGAAGGAAAGCCUGAAAAUCAGAAUCAUGCUGUAGUAUUUACUAGAGGGGAGGCCAUGCAAGCCAUUGAUAUGAAUCAGGAUAACUAUCUAGAAGAAGCUUUCAAAAUGCGCAACCUUCUUGAAGAAUUUCAUGAGGAUCAUGGGGUGCGACCACCUACAAUUUUAGGUGUCCGUGAGCAUAUUUUUACUGGAAGUGUUUCUUCUUUGGCUUGGUUCAUGUCAAAUCAAGAAACAAGUUUCGUCACCCUUGGUCAAAGAGUUCUUGCUCGGCCCUUGAAGAUACGAUUCCAUUAUGGGCAUCCAGAUGUGUUUGACAGAAUUUUCCACAUAACCCGUGGGGGUGUCAGCAAGGCUUCUCGUGGCAUCAACUUGAGUGAGGAUAUCUUCGCCGGAUUCAAUUCAACUCUACGAAGAGGAAACGUCACCCACCAUGAGUAUAUUCAAGUUGGCAAAGGUCGAGAUGUUGGGCUUAACCAAAUCUCCUUGUUUGAAGCCAAAGUAGCAUGUGGUAAUGGCGAGCAAACACUCAGCAGGGACAUCUAUAGACUAGGCCAUCGUUUUGAUUUCUUCCGUAUGUUGUCGUUUUAUUAUACGACCAUCGGUUUCUACAUAAGCUCAAUGGUCUAUUUCAUGGAUACACAAAUUUGGUAUUCUAUAUACUCAACCAUAUAUGGUGGUUUUGAGGGAGCAGUGGAUCGCCUAGGAGAGGCAAGUAUACGAACUCUGGGGAUGCUGAGGUCACGGUUUCAGUCAUUGCCAGGUGCAUUCAAUGCAUAUCUGGUGCCUUCGGACAAGGCACAGAAAAAAGGAUUUUCUCUGUCGAAGAGAUUUGCUGAGGUUUCAGCCAAUAGGAGAAGUGAAGCUGCCAAAUUCGCCCAGUUGUGGAAUGAAGUGAUAACCAGUUUCCGUGAAGAAGAUCUUAUCAGUGACAGGAAAGGCUGUACAAGCAAGAUAAAUAAUAUCCCUAUAGCUCUGAAUAUGGCAGCACACUUCCGAUCAAAGGAUGCUGACUUAUGGAAACGUAUAUGUGCAGACGAGUACAUGAAAUGUGCUGUUAUUGAGUGCUAUGAAUCCUUCAAACAAGUCCUCAAUAUUUUGGUCGUUGGGGAAAAUGAAAAGAGGAUAAUUGGCAUCAUCAUCAAAGAAAUAGAGAGUCAUGUUUCAAAGAGUACACUUCUUGCAAACUUCAGAAUGGCCUCGUUACCAGCUCUUUGUGAAAAAGUUGUAGUACUUGUGGGAAUCCUGAAAGAUGGUGAUCCUUCCAAGAGAGAUGAUGUGGUGCUGUUGCUUCAAGACAUGUUGGAAUUGGUCACCCGGGAUCUGAUGGUGAACGAGAAUCGUGAAUUAGUAGACCUCGGACAUAGUGGCAAGGAUUCGGGAAGGCAACUUUUUGCUGGUACAGAUCAGAGACCCGCUGUAGUGUUUCCUCCCCCAGCUUCUGCCCAGUGGGAUGAACAGAUAAGACGGUUGCAUCUUCUUUUGACGGUAAAAGAAUCUGCCAUGGAUGUACCAACUAAUCUUGAAGCACGCAGGAGGAUUGCAUUUUUCACGAACUCCUUGUUCAUGGAUAUGCCACGUGCUCCACGAGUUCGCAAAAUGCUUUCAUUUAGUGUUAUGACCCCAUACUAUAGUGAGGAAACUGUCUACUCUAAAUCUGACCUUGAAAUGGAAAAUGAAGAUGGUGUGUCCAUUAUAUACUAUUUGCAAAAAAUCUAUCCAGACGAAUGGACAAACUUCAUGGAGCGAAUUAAUUGUAAGAAAGAGAGUCAAGUUUGGGAAAAUGAAGAAAAUAUCUUGCAGAUCCGCCAUUGGGCCUCCUUAAGGGGCCAAACACUCUGUCGCACAGUCAGAGGAAUGAUGUAUUAUAGAAGAGCUCUGAAACUUCAGGCUUUCCUUGACAUGGCUAAUGAGAGUGAGAUAUUAGCUGGCUAUAAAGCUAUUACAAACCCAUCUGAGGAAGACAAGAAAAGUCAACGAUCUCUCUCUGCUCAGUUGGAGGCAGUAGCUGACAUGAAAUUCACAUAUGUGGCCACUUGCCAGAUUUAUGGAAAUCAGAAGCGAAAAGGAGAUCGCCAUGCAACAAACAUCCUGAAUUUGAUGGUUAACAAUCCUUCUCUCCGUGUUGCAUAUAUCGAUGAAAUAGAAGAGCAAGAUUCUGGAAAAUCACAAAAAGUUUAUUACUCAGUGCUGGUCAAAGCUUUUGAUAAUCUUGAUCAGGAAAUUUAUCGUAUCAAACUGCCGGGUUCAGCAAAACUAGGUGAAGGAAAGCCUGAAAAUCAGAAUCAUGCUGUAGUAUUUACUAGAGGGGAGGCCAUGCAAGCCAUUGAUAUGAAUCAGGAUAACUAUCUAGAAGAAGCUUUCAAAAUGCGCAACCUUCUUGAAGAAUUUCAUGAGGAUCAUGGGGUGCGACCACCUACAAUUUUAGGUGUCCGUGAGCAUAUUUUUACUGGAAGUGUUUCUUCUUUGGCUUGGUUCAUGUCAAAUCAAGAAACAAGUUUCGUCACCCUUGGUCAAAGAGUUCUUGCUCGGCCCUUGAAGAUACGAUUCCAUUAUGGGCAUCCAGAUGUGUUUGACAGAAUUUUCCACAUAACCCGUGGGGGUGUCAGCAAGGCUUCUCGUGGCAUCAACUUGAGUGAGGAUAUCUUCGCCGGAUUCAAUUCAACUCUACGAAGAGGAAACGUCACCCACCAUGAGUAUAUUCAAGUUGGCAAAGGUCGAGAUGUUGGGCUUAACCAAAUCUCCUUGUUUGAAGCCAAAGUAGCAUGUGGUAAUGGCGAGCAAACACUCAGCAGGGACAUCUAUAGACUAGGCCAUCGUUUUGAUUUCUUCCGUAUGUUGUCGUUUUAUUAUACGACCAUCGGUUUCUACAUAAGCUCAAUGGUGGUGGUCCUCACAGUCUACGCCUUCUUAUAUGGGAGACUGUAUUUAGCACUGAGUGGAUUGGAAGGUUCCAUAAUCAAGUUCGCAAAGCACAGAGGAGACACUGCACUGAAAUCAGCAAUGGCUUCGCAGUCCGUGGUCCAGCUAGGCCUCCUCACAGCGCUGCCCAUGGUCAUGGAGAUGGGCCUCGAGAGAGGCUUCCGAACAGCGCUAGGUGAUAUCAUUAUUAUGCAACUACAGCUAGCCUCCGUCUUCUUCACCUUCUCCCUAGGAACACGUACCCACUACUACGGCCGUACUGUCCUCCAUGGUGGCGCCAAGUACCGAGCAACCGGUCGUGGCUUCGUCGUCCGCCAUGAGAAGUUUGCUGAAAACUAUCGUAUGUACUCGAGAUCCCACUUCGUCAAGGCCCUGGAGCUCAUGCUGCUCCUUAUAUGCUACCAGAUAUAUGGUAAAGCCGUGACCGGCCAGGUAGCUUACGUGCUCCUCACGGCUUCCAUGUGGUUCCUGGUUGGGUCGUGGCUUUUCGCUCCUUUCCUGUUCAAUCCUUCAGGAUUCGAGUGGCAGAAGGUCGUUGACGAUUGGGAUGACUGGACUAAGUGGAUAGGCAGCCGGGGAGGGAUUGGUGUGCCUGCGAAUAAGAGCUGGGAGUCGUGGUGGGAAGAGGAACAAGAGCACCUCCAGUACACGGGGAUCUCUGGUCAGAUUUGUGAGGUCAUCCUUGCUUUACGUUUCUUCAUCUAUCAGUACGGCAUCGUUUACCAGCUGAAAGUCACCCAAGCCACGUCUGCUGGACGAGAACAUAGCCUAUCUGUCUAUGGACUGUCAUGGCUGGUCAUUGUCGCUCUUAUGGUAAUCCUGAAGGUUGUGUCGACGGGUAGAAAGAAGUUCAGCGCUGACUUCCAGCUAAUGUUCAGACUUCUCAAGUUCGUGCUCUUCAUUGGUUUCGUGGUCACACUCAUCAUCCUCUUUACUACACUCCAUCUCACAGUAGGAGAUGUGUUUCAGAGCUUGUUGGCCUUCCUCCCUACCGGCUGGGCACUUCUACAGAUAUCGCAAGCGUGCAAGCCGAUAGUGAAGGGGUUGAAGAUGUGGGGAUCGGUGAAGGCAUUGGCGAGAGGGUACGAGUACAUGAUGGCGUUGGUCCUCUUCCUCCCCAUAGCAGUCCUAGCCUGGUUCCCGUUCGUGUCCGAGUUCCAGAACAGGCUUCUGUUCAACCAAGCCUUCAGCAGAGGUCUCCAGAUCCAACGGAUCCUCUCCGGCGGGAAGAAGCACAAGUAAAAACCAACGAUACGUCAGAAUUCAGAUAAGGUCCAUCAUUUUCUUAGCUUUUGCAGCAGCAGCGGUAGUAUGCCAUUUGGUGCGCAUAAAAAAAGAGCGGGUUUGCGCCUUCUAUAUGCUUUGCAACGGUUCAAACCCAUUCUUGUUUUCUAUAAUCCCACUCUGUUUUGUUGGGCUGUCUCUUACCAAAUGGUUUCUGUAUAUUCUGGCUUGGCCAAUAAGAGAAGAAGAGUUUAGCAAUUUGCUUGUUUAUUUUUGGAUGCUGACUGACUAGUGGUUACUAGUUUAAAAUAGCAAUAACUUCCAUGCUGGCUGCCAGUGCCUAUUCCUCGAAAGCGAAGCAUGAAAAAGCCUA